UAGUAUCAUCAAUGGACAAUGGUCGUGAAGUUUUCUCGAUUUUGUCGCAUUAGUAAUCGACGCUGUGUUUUAGUUUAUAUCUUUUUCCUACUCUUUUGUCUCUCCUUCCUUUGGUUUUUCGUUCAUCAAACAAUUCCGGUCGAAUACCAUCAUGUACGGUUUGGUGAGCAUCAUGAAUGUACAAGCCACAAAUUUAUCCCGAAAGUUGCUGGACAAAAAAGAUUGAUUUUAUUCUACACGACCAUAUUUGAUCGUGUUACAGUAUUUUACCCGAACGAACUUCAGUGCUGUGAGCCAUUUAACUGUGAAAUUACAACCGAUAAGAGCAGGUUAUUGGAAAGCGAUGCAGUUGUCUUUCACGGCCGGGACCUGCCUCUUGGAGUAAAAAUGCCUAAACAAAGAACAGCUAAACAACGUUGGGUGUUUUACAGUAUGGAAAAUCCGUUUUAUUCAAAAAUCGUCACAAGCGAUUAUAAUGGCAUGUUUAACUGGACAAUGACCUACGAAAGACGAUCAGACGUGUACGAACCUUACGGAUAUUAUACAAAAAUUAUACAAAGUACGCCUAUAAAGAAAGAUGUGAAACCAAGAAACUAUGCGGAAGGUAAAGACAAGUUACUUGUGUUUGUGAACGGGAAUUGUCAAACGGUUGAUGGUGCGAGGGAGAAAUUCGUUCGUGCUUUAAGUAAAAUUGUUAAAGUAGAUGUUCACGGCAAGUGUGGGGGGAUAUUUGGCAGACUGACUUGUCCAAGGAAUGAAAGAUGCCAAAAAUUGUUGAGACGUUUUAAAUUUUAUAUAUCGAUUGAGAAUGGUGUCUGUGAGGAUUAUGUAACUGAAAAAUACUGGAAUGUUCCAUUUAAGAUUGAUGCAGUUCCCAUUGUGUUCGGCUUCAAAUUCUUUAAAGAAUUGAGUAUUCCAGGUUCCUUUAUUGAUGCUACCGCUUUUCCAAAUCUGCAAAGUCUUGUUAGUUAUUUACAAUACCUUGACAAGAACGACACUGCUUACAAUGAGUAUUUUGAAUGGAGGAACAAAUAUCAGACAGCUAACUUAGAACCCUGGCCCUGUCGCUUAUGCAGGAUGCUACAUAAUAAUUCAUUACCUAUAAAAACUAUUAAACUAGACCAAUUUCUGAAUCCAGAUUUGGUUUGUCGAAAAUUAAAAAGAGAGGAUAUUCAUAUCAAAUUCUGAUAUAUUUAUGUACAUAAUUUUCGUAUAUUUUUUCUCAAUUUUAUCAUAUUUAAGAUAUAACUAUUU